GACAACGUGGUGACGUCGCAACUCUAGGCGCAGGAAGAGAGCGCGCGCUUGCGGACGCGGUGGCAUUAAACCGUUGCUGGUGUAGCUGGCUGGUCGUCGUCUUCCUCUCAGGCUGUCGUUUCUGCGCUCACCUCGCCAUCAGCCUCGUGAAGCCAAAACCGGCCAGACCUUCCUUUCCACCCACCUGUAGCCGCGUCAUUGCGACUCCAUCACCAUGUUCGAGGCGCGCCUAGUCCAGGGCUCCAUCCUGAAAAAGGUGUUGGAGGCAUUGAAGGACCUUAUCAACGAGGCCUGCUGGGACAUCAGCUCGAGCGGCGUGAACCUGCAGAGCAUGGAUUCGUCCCACGUCUCGUUGGUGCAGCUCACUCUGCGCUCCGAGGGCUUCGACACGUACCGCUGCGACCGAAACCUGGCCAUGGGCGUGAACCUCACCAGCAUGUCCAAAAUACUAAAAUGUGCUGGCAACGAAGAUAUCAUUACAUUAAGGGCUGAAGAUAAUGCGGAUACCUUGGCGCUAGUAUUUGAAGCACCAAAUCAGGAGAAAGUUUCAGACUAUGAAAUGAAAUUAAUGGAUUUGGAUGUUGAACAACUUGGAAUCCCAGAACAAGAAUACAGCUGUGUAGUAAAGAUGCCUUCUGGUGAAUUUGCACGUAUAUGCCGAGAUCUCAGUCACAUUGGAGAUGCCGUUGUAAUUUCCUGUGCAAAAGAUGGAGUGAAAUUUUCUGCAAGUGGAGAACUUGGGAAUGGAAACAUUAAGUUGUCACAGACAAGUAAUGUAGAUAAAGAGGAGGAAGCUGUUACCAUAGAGAUGAAUGAGCCAGUUCAAUUAACUUUUGCACUGAGGUACCUGAACUUCUUCACAAAAGCCACUCCACUCUCUUCUACUGUAACACUCAGUAUGUCCGCAGAUGUACCUCUUGUUGUAGAGUACAAAAUCGCUGAUAUGGGACAUUUGAAGUACUACUUGGCUCCGAAAAUUGAGGAUGAAGAAGGAUCUUAGGCAUUCUCAAAAUGAAAGAAAAAAUAAAACUAAGCUCUUUGAGAAUUGCUUGAGAUGCCAGCAUGUACUAAGGUCUUUUCUGCAACCAAAUUUGUACUUCUAAGUACAUAUGUAGAUAUUUUCUGUAAAUAACCCUUUUUUCUCCCCUCCAUUCUCUACAAUUUGUUUAAAAGUCCAAAGUCAGUCUGGUCUGGUCUUAUUAACCUAGAAAUAUUUUGCCUUACUUACAAAUACUUUUUGUGAUUUUUACAAUACAAAAGUCUUGACUCUACAUGGAGCUUUAAGAAUGGUUUUUCAAUUUAAAUAAAAUUAUCUAAAUUUCAAAUGUUGCAGGGCAGUGCCUUCAUUUGGACCAUGACUUUUAUAGGUAGCUUAUUAAAUUCUCAGCUAUAGCUAUCCUUGCACAAGAAUGUGUUUUUCAGUCUAGAGCUGCCAGGUGGAGAUAGCAAUAAAAAGUAUUUAGCAGAUACCUUGAGAGAUUGAUUUUUCAAACUUAUUGUGUUAUUCUAAUUUGAGCUUAAGUAAUGAAUAGGGAUAGGGUAAAUCUUACAUAUUUCACCAUUUUGUCCUUUUAGUUAGCAAACAUUAAUACUUUUCAAAAACUUAAUGUACUCAAAGUUAUGUUGGCUUUUUAGGACUAGCAUUGUUAUAGGGCAGUGUUUCUUUUUAGCCAAGGAAGUUUUCAUAGGAGUCUUGCAAGUUUCGGUAGAUCUGUAAACAGGGCUCAAGGAGAAUGGAUGUGCAGAAAUUUCUCUAGUAGGAGACUCUUGGGACUUCUCAGUCACUUACAUGACGGUAUCUGGAAUUCCAUGGACCAUGGAGCGAGGAUCUAACCAAGAGAAUGAGAAGGUCCUGUAGUUGUGAAGAAAGACUUAUUCCCAGUAA